AUGGAGGCGCCGGAGCCGCGGGCGGAGCCGCCGCGCGCCCGCUCGCACACGGUCACCACCACGAGCAGCUCCGCCGCGGGCAGCCUGGCGGGCGGCGCCGGCGCGCUCGCCUACGACCGGGAGUUCCUGCGCACGCUGCCCGGCCUCCUCAUGCUCGCCGAGAUCAUUUUAGGGCUGCUGGUGUGGACCCUGAUUGCUGGAACAGAAUACUUCCUAUACCCAGCCUUUGGCUGGGUCAUGUUUGUAGCUGUCUUCUACUGGGUUCUCACUGUCUUCUUCCUGAUCAUCUACAUGACAAUGACCUACACCAGGAUCCCCCAGGUGCCAUGGACCACGGUGGGUCUGUGUUUUAAUGGGAGUGCUUUCGUUUUGUACCUCAUUGCUGCCAUCGUAGAUGCAUCCUCAGUCACCAAAGAGCUGGUCAGUCACAAUUACAACAGCUGGGCAGCUUCUUCAUUCUUUGCCUUCCUGGUUACCUCCUGCUAUGCUGGGAAUACCUAUUUUAGCUUUAUAUCUUGGCGAUCACGAACUUUGCAGUAAAAAUUUACCUACAGUGUGUUUUGUAUUCUAAAAUACCCUGAGGAUUGUGCUCGUGAUGGAAGUCUGGAAGAGGGGUGAAGCCCUUUGGGAUAUUUCUAUUAAAACUGACAUAAUGUAUUUUAAGCUUAGAUUAAAAUGAGUAUUUAUAAUACAAUAUCAUCUUUAGUGACAGCUAACAUAGUCUUUGUACUGUACCAUAAAAUUUCAUACUCUUCCUUUUUAAAAUUAACA